AUGACCGUUCUCGCCCUGGCUGCUGCUGCCAUCGCCAUGCCCACCGCCAACGUGAAGCAAAACACAAUUGCCAAGCGCCAGAUCGUCAGCGACGCCAUCCCCGCCAACGCCGCGGCCAUGACAGACGCCAGCGGCAACGUGAAGCCCUUCGUCUCCAAGGACGUCUACGUCCACCCUGCCAACUAA